AUGAGAGCUGGUCCGGCGCCCAAUGAAGUGGUAAGCGUUGAGCUCUUCCCCAGAGAUAACGCUAAAACACAUCAAACAUCUCAAUACGAAAUCGUCAAUAAUAUUAACCCAUCUCUCGUUAUCCGAAGAGGAGAUCCAUUUUAUAUCGCUCUUCGACUCAAUGGACAGUACGAUCAAAGUCGCGACAAAAUUAGGCUUGAAUUCAUGUUUGGUGCUCGUCCGCAGAUAGGAAAGGGAACUCUGAUAUAUUUGCCCAUUUCUAACAACAAAGACUUUACCAAAGACUCGAGCAAAUGGGACGCCAGAACCCAUCACAUUGAAGGCAAUCAAUUGACAAUUCAUGUCCACAUCCCGGCCAAUGUCGCGGUCGACGACGGCGUGUUUUUGCCGGACGAGACCAAACGUCGGGAGUAUGUGCUGAACGAUGUCGGGAAGAUUUAUAUUGGAUCUCAUUCUAAGCCUAAGGGCAGACAAUGGAUCUAUGGACAGUUCGCAGAUUCAGUACUUCCGGCGGUGAUGUUUAUGAUGGAUAAGACUCGACUAGACUACACGGCUCGGUCCAAUCCAGUGAAAGUGGUUCGUUCUGUGGCUGCGAUGGUCAACAGUCACGACGAUAACGGGCUAUUAGUGGGCAACUGGUCGGGCAAUUACAACGACGGGAACGCCCCGUGGCAGUGGACAGGGAGUGCCCCCAUAUUUGAGCAAUACUUGCGCAAUAAUGGGGAGCCAAUAAAGUUCGGUCAGUGUUGGGUGUUUGCGGGUUCGACCACAACGAUGAGCCGAGCGCUGGGAAUACCCGCGCGAACCAUAACCAACUUUGUGUCCGCUCACGACACCGACGAUAGUCUCACUGUUGACAAGUUCUUCACCCGAGAGGGCGAACCCAUUUCGGACGUCAACUCCGACUCGAUCUGGAAUUUUCACGUUUGGACCGAUGUCUGGAUGUCAAGGCCAGACCUGCCGCCGGGGUAUGGGGGCUGGCAGGUGAUUGACGCUACACCGCAAGAAUCAAGUGAUGUCAGUGGUCUCUACCAAACAGGCCCGGCAUCGCUCGAAGCCAUACGUAAGGGGGAGGUCGGACUCGCUUAUGACGUGCCCUUUGUGUUCGCUGAAGUGAACUCGGAUGUAGUGCACUGGCAGUUGGAUGAAACCAGUGAACUUGGUUGGAGAAAGAUCAAGACCAAUAAAUAC